AUGUAUGGAAUGACAUCGGCAAUAAGUGAUGCUCUUCCGACAGACAUUGAUAUACAGUUAACAAAAUCAUUAGAUGAUGCUCUUUCAAGAGAAAAAGUUAUUACUACUGAUGAAGAUUUAUCUCAAAGGCUUGAAGUAUUAUCAAUGCUUAAUAAUUUGGCUAAAGAGUGGAUACGUGAAGUUAGUAUGGAAAGAAAUUUACCCGAAAUAACUGCUGAAAAUGUUGGAGGAUUAGUAUGCACAUUUGGAUCCUAUCGUCUUGGCGUUUAUCAUAAAGGUGCUGAUAUUGAUGCCAUUGUCAUUGUCCCAAGGCAUAUAACCAGAACUGAUUACUUUGCAACAUUUUAUAAUAAGUUGAAAGAAAAUCCUAGCAUAAACAAUGUUCGAGCUGUUGAAGAAGCUUUUGUUCCUGUAAUCAAAAUGAUAAUACAAGGCAUUGAAAUUGAUAUGUUGUUUGCUCGUCUUGCUUUAAAAGAAGUACAUGAAGAUACUGAUUUGCAACAGGAUGAUCUGCUGAGGAAUUUGAAUCCAAAAUGUGUACGAAGUUUAAAUGGAUGUCGUGUUACAGAUUCUAUUUUACGAUUAGUUCCAAAUCGAGAAUCGUUCAAGAAAACAUUAAUUGCAAUAAAAUUGUGGGCUAAACGUCAUAGAGUUUACUCAAAUGCUUUAGGAUACCUUGGAGGGGUUUCUUGGGCAAUGUUAGUAGCAAGAGUAUGUCAGUUAUAUCCAAAUGCAGCACCAGCCACUUUGAUACACAAGUUUUUUUUAAUAUUUUCCAAGUGGCAAUGGCCUCAGCCUGUCUUAUUAAAACCAUCAUAUUUUAUGGAUCUCGGAUAUCCAGUUUGGGACCCAAGAGUAAAUAUGGCCGAUCGUAAUCAUGUUAUGCCUAUUAUAACUCCAGUUUAUCCUCAACAAAAUUCAACUUUUAAUGUUUCUCAUUCCACACUAGCUAUUAUACAAGAUGAAUUUAAAACAAGUCUAGACAUUAUGGGAGAAAUUUUAACUGGAGAAUCUAGUUGGUCAAAAAUUUUUCAACCAUCUAAAUUUUUCACAAAAUAUAGAUAUUUUUUGGCCAUAACUGUGUUUGCAAACUGUGAUGAAGAAUUACUUGAAUGGAGAGGGUUAGUUGAAUCAAGGCUUCGUUUUUUGCCUACAUCUUUAGAAGAAAUUGAAUGUGUCCAAAGAUCUCAUUUAAAUCCUGACCAGUUUGUAUUACCUCAUGAUAAAUCACAAGGAAGGCCAUCAUCAGUUUGGUUUGUUGGUCUAGAAAUAUCUAAGUCUAAUGGCACAGUGGUUAAUUUGGAUUUUAGUACUCAUAUCCGUGAUUUCUGUUUAUUGGUGAAAAGUAGAGCUCAUACCAUUUUCAAACCUGGAAUGGAUAUACAAGUUAAUCAUUUAAAAAGAAAAGACUUGAGAGAUUAUGUACCUGAUGAGUUAAAAAAAGAAAAAGCUAUUCCAAAUACUGUUGGUAGUAAAAUUAUUGCACGAUUAUCGACCGAGGGUAGACAUUCUGUGUCAGAAUUAGUGGAAGAAUCACAAAAGAGUCCUACAUCUAGAAAACGUAGUAUUGAAGAUGAAACUGAUGAUAAUAUAAUAAAAAAAGCCCUAUUGUCGAAUGAUGACAUUUUUGUCUUGGGAUCUGUAGAAUCUCGUAUGAGUCCAUCAUCUGAAAAUAAAUCAAAUAACCUAGUUAAUACUCUUCUGUCAACCUCAAAAGAAAAUCAUUCUAUAUUAACCGAAAAUGAAACCAAAGAAAAUAUUAAUAUUGGAAAAGAAUCUUUAUUACUAACUGAUGCCAGACAUUCCACUAUCGAAUCGGGGGAUUCCCUGACUAGUCCAGUAUCAAAUAAAUGUUGUGCUGAUGAUGAAAGUGAAGAAAAUGAUCAGAAAAAAUUAAGGCUUCUUCAUCCAACUGUUGCCUAA